AUGUCAAGCAGCCAGUCGUCGAUGCCGUCGCGCUGGCCGGAGGCGGCUCUGCCUUCAGCGCAGUCGCCCCUGGCGCGACAGAUGACCAGCUUGAGCCUCUUUCUCUGCCCUUGCCCCGGGCUUGGGUGGGAACAGCGAGAUGGCUACUCCCCGCUGGUGGAGGCAUCUACCACGGCAUAUGAUUCGAGCCAGCCAUACACAACAGAAAAGCAACCGUCGAUGAACCUGCCGUCGCAGACCAUGGAAGCAGCAUUCCCACCUCUGAGUGACGGUACAUUCGGACCCAUAGAAACAGGCGAGGUUCCAGACUCCCUACGAUGCCAGCCUCACCAUUCGGCGAAUGAGUCCCUGCUAUCGCAAAAUUACCUGCCGAAUGAAUAUGGCCCACAGAAAGCCGAAGUCGUCAGCCCCGUGGCCUACGUUCCGGACUAUCUGAGUAAUAUUGACCCCCCGCAACUGAUCGCUUGCACCAAUGACUACAUUGACCCUCUCACUCCCUCGCCCUUGCCCUUCCAAACGGUUGUCGGAUGCUGCGAGUCGGAUCCCAAGAACCCGGGAGGCGUAUGCCUGACCUGCGCCAACGUAGCAAACACAAAGGCAGGGCGGUUUCCGUGUCUGAGGUACAAGAUCACGGACAUCAAGCUUUACAAGCCGGGCCAAGUCCCCGGGUACGAGUGGACGCGUCGAUGGACGAACAGCAUCACCGAUCCCAUUCAAAAAUGGGCCUCGUCCGAUAUCAAGAUCAUUCAUGUGUCUGCUGGAUUCUCAAGGAGGGUCAUCGAGCUUCAGGCUCGCAGGUUCAUUCCUCAAGACGGCGACAAGCUUGCGAGGACUUGGGACUACCAAGGAACAAGGAGAUCUGCUGCCAUCCCGCCGUAUGCUCUCGUCGACUUGGAGGCAACCAAGUCGGCGUAUGAGCUGCACAUUCAGGACAUCAUGAACGAUAGCAUUCGGCAUGUGUUGGACCGCCCCGACGGAUUGUUGUACAAGACGUACUUUCGGGCCGUGCGACUCAUGCAAGACCCAUCCAUGGAGGAGGAAGCCACGAAGCUCAUCAAGCUGACUCUCACAUUGUGGGUGUCGAUUCGUCUUUCCACGACGUCGGGUUUCAUUGUUGGGGACGAGACGCUAGGCAUGUCCAACAACAUACUGGAUGACACGAGCCCGAGCGCGGGCAAGAUCCCGAUGCCUCCCGUCAUGGGGGCGCAGCUGGAUCUUGUGCUCAUCCACCACAUCCAGACGAAGCUCCGCAGGGACAUGCUGGAGAUCCUGCAGAAGCUGGUGCUCAAGAAUAAGCAGAAGAGCUGGUUUGUGACGUACCUGGUGACUUUCAUACUGUUGCACAACACGGCCCUCAUCACAGCACACGAUGCUGGGUAUGCUCGAAAACACGGCAUAAAGCGCCGCUUUGCACGAGAAGACAAGGUCAGAGAGUAUCACCUGGGUGCCAACAUUUUGCUCGCCCACUUCCACUACUGCAACAAGGGCAUGUACCCAUUCUCAGACGAAUGCAAGGACAAGGAUCUGCGGGCGUUGGCGGACUUGAGCGACGAAGAGAUCCAAUUCGUUCACGCCACCAAGCAGCAGGCGAAACAACACCGACGGGAGUGGGAGGACAUCAAGGACAGGAGCGAGUACGAGGAGGAUUUCUUUUUCGUCAGCCAGCUGUUUGAAGAGAAUUGGAAGCCACGACCGACGAUAUAA